CCUCAUUCACCGAAGAUGGCGAGCGGAGGGGGGCACGUCGCGGCGCUCUGGACUGAAGUGAACCGCUGUGGGCAGAAUGGAGACUUUGCCAGGGCUCUCAAGGCAGUCAAUAAAAUUCUGCACGAAGCCAAGGAUGACAUCACAGCCCUCCACUGUAAAGUCGUCUGUCUUGUUCAAAACAGCAGCUUCAAGGAAGCCUUAAAUGUGAUGAACAACUACUCUAAACUGCUUGGCAAUGACCUGGUGGUGUUCGAGAAGGCGUACUGUGAGUAUCGUCUGAACCGGGUGGAGAGCGCCCUGAAGACCAUCGAGGCAGCCUCCGAGCAGACCGACAAGCUGAAGGAGCUGUACGGCCAGGUGCUCUACAGAUUGGAGCGCUACGACGAGUGCAAGGCGGUGUACACGGACCUGAUCAGGAACUCCCAGGAUGAGUACGAGGAGGAGAGGAAGACCAACCUGUCCGCCGUGGUAGCGGCCAUGAGCCAGUGGGGCGAGAGCUCUCCGGAGGACCUGGGACUCUCUGAGACGACGUAUGAGCUGUGCUACAACGCAGCCUGCUCCCUGAUUGGUCAGGGACAGCUCACCGAGGCCCUCAAUAAACUAAAGCAAGCCGAAGAGCUCUGCAGAGUCUCCUUUGCUGACGAUACUGACAUGACGGAGGAGGACAUUGAGUCGGAGCUGGCCGUCAUCCACUCCCAGAUGGCCUACAUCAUGCAGCUACAAGGACGCACAGAGGAGGCUCUGCAGCGCUACAAUCAGGUCAUCAAGCUCAAGCCGUCAGACGUCGGGCUCCUCGCUGUUACUGCCAACAACAUCAUAACGAUAAACAAGGACCAAAACGUGUUUGACUCUAAGAAGAAGGUGAAGCUGACGAGCACGGACGGGGUGGAGCACAAGCUGGCCCGCAGGCAGCUGCAGGCCAUCGACUUCAACAAGGCCCUGCUGGCCAUGUACACUAACCAGGCGGAGCAGUGCAGAAAGCUGGCGUCGGGCCUCCAGACCCAGAACCCCGGGCAGCCCCGGCCCGUCCUGGUGCAGGUGGCCCAGCUGUGCAGAGAGAAGCAGCACGGCAAAGCCAUAGAGCAGCUGCAGCAAUUCGCAGAGCAGCAUCCGGAGAGUGCGUCCGGGAUCAAGAUGACCAUGGCACAACUGUACCUGACUCAAGGUCAUGUCACGAAAGCCUGCGACAUCCUGAGGUCGAUCGAAGAUUUCAAGCACAAACAAGGAAUGGUGUCGGCCCUGGUGUCCAUGUACAGCCACGAGGAGGACAUCGACAGCGCCAUUGAGGUGUUCAGCCAGGCCAUCCAGUACUACCAGUCCCAACAGUCCGGCUCCCCAACACAUCUGGCCCUCGUCCGCGAGGCCGCCAACUUCAAACUGAAGCACGGCCGGAAACGAGAAGCCAUCAGCGACCUGGAGCAGCUCUGGAAGCAGAACCCCAAAGACAUCCGCAUGCUGGCCCAGCUGAUCUCAGCCUACUCUGUGGUGGACGCAGACAAGGCCAAGUCCCUCAGUAAACACCUGCCCUCGCCCGACUCCAUGGCGCUGAAGGUGGACGUGGAGGAGCUUGAGAACUCGCACGGCGCCACCUACAUCAGGAAGAAGGCGGCCAAGCCUGCGGGCGACGCAGUGCCCAAGGAGCAAGGAAACGUUGAAAUCAAAAAGAAGAGGAAGAAGAAGAAGGGCAAGCUGCCCAAGAACUUUGACCCCAAGGCGACCCCCGACCCCGAGCGCUGGCUGCCCAUGCGGGAGCGGACGUACUACCGCGGCAAGAAGAAGGGCAAGAAGAAGGAGCAGGUCGGCAAGGGGACGCAGGGCACCACCGCUGGGGGCUCCGCAGACCUGGACGCCAGUAAGACUGCCAGCAGCCCCCCCACCUCCCCCCGCCCAGGCUCCGCCUCCAGCUCCGCCCCCGGGGCCUCCGGUGCGGUCCCACCCCGCCAACAGAAGCCCGCCACCGCCUCGGGCGCCACUCGCAAGAAGGUCCCGCAGAAGAAGAAAAAGAGCGGGAAAGGGGGCUGGUAGGACCGCGGGCCCAAGAGGAUGCUGCGAAACUGACGGCGAGACGGAAGCAGUUUGGUUAUUUUCUACAGACCAUCCAUUUAAUGUGCGGCCGGAAUGGCGGCCGUGCGUCUGUUUGCCGGCCGGAGGCGGGGCCAGCUGCCUCCGCCACUCAAGUGUUUUGUUUUUUAUUUUUACAAAAUGGCCUCCGAGCUCAUUUGUGUUUCAUUCAUUUUUUCAGGAGAGCGUCGAUCUUACUUUUGAGAUAUCUAUGAUUACACACCAAAUCAAAUCCCAAAGUUGACUUGAAGGUUGAACAGAAAUGUCUUUCUUUUUGUUUGGUGUGUUUUUGGGAAACAAAACCGCAUCCGUUUACAAAGUCGGCAGAACUUUGUCCACACAUGUCAUAUCCUGUCUUUAUCUCAUUGAUAAAUCUCACUUCAUUUUUACGUCAGUUUGGAACGGCCACAAGGCAAGUCGGAGUAUUUAUUUUUUAAUCCCUAUGUUGGUCUCAACCCAGAGAAAUUGUAAUUAUAUUUCUCGGUGUUUCUGUUGAAUGUUUCAUCAACAUUGCAACAUGGAGAUGAAAAAAUUUACUAUUUUGGCCAAAAGUGUCCCGUUACGCAAUGUCUUAAUAAACAGAUCCUGGAAAAUAUA